UGGGUUUUUGUUCUACUGUUUCCUUUGCUUUCUCUUUCUCUUGUUCUGUUAUUUUAUGUCUGAUUUAAAUAUUAUAUAUAUAUGUAUGUACAAAGACAGAGACAGAGAGAGUCCCCAAUUUUAAAAUACAUUAAAAAAAUUUAGUUUUUUUUAUGGAUGAUUUGAUCUAAUGCACUCAAAGAAUUACACCCAUGGUAUUUAGAUUUUAGCACAUUGUGUUGGGGAUAAUUUAAAAAAGUUGGUUUCUUUGAGGUGGGAUUUCAUGGGUUGAAGGUAAAGAAUAAAUUAAUGGGUAGCUUGAGCGAAGAAGAGUAUCAUUUUUUUGAUGCAAAUGAAGAGAUUGCAUCAAAUUCUGAUGCAAAGUCUGAGAAUUUAGAGCCAUUUGAUUCUCUAUGUAGUGGUUAUAGUUUGGUUCCGAAUUGUCCACAUUUCGAAGUGUGGGUGAAGAGUCCCAUAAGUGUGGAGGAGAGGAGGGAUAGGUUCUUGAAUUGGAUGAGAAUGGGGUUGAAUGAGAGUGGAAAUGGGAGUUCAUUUGAGGGUGAGGUUGAUCGAGUUAGGGAAAGUAGCGGGGCUGUGUUGAGAAAUUCGGUUUUCGAGGAUGAGUUUUAUUCGAGUAGGUCUAUAGUGUCGUGUUUGAGUAUCGAUAGCUCCAAUUCGUUGGAGGAGUUGAGUUCGAAGGGAAUUUUUUUAUCCAGGGAGGUGAAUUGUGGAGGAGGAAUGGCGUGUAGUGAUGAAGUCGAUACCUCUGUAACAGCUGAGGAAUCCGACAAUACUUCUGGGUCGACUUCGUCGUUUCAGCAACUUAUGCAGAAGGAAAAUGAGGAAACGAGUAGUUUGGCAUGUUCCCAAAUAACUGUGAAGAAGCGGUGGUUGAACAGAUUACGAUCCAUAGCUUGUGCUGUCGACAAUCAGCGGGGAGCUGAAAAACUGAGGCGUGAUGAUGAUGAUGCGUUUUUGCAGUACAGAGUACAGAGAGUUAAGGUUCGUCAAUCUGGGAAGCGUACGAAGGAGCUUUCAGCUUUAUACAAGGGGCAAGAUAUCCAGGCACACGAGGGGUCAAUUCGGACAAUGAAAUUCAGUCCUGAUGGGCAGUACCUUGCAAGUGCCGGAGAAGAUAAGGUUGUACGUGUAUGGCAGGUUAUGGAGGAUCAGCGAUCAAACGAACUUGAUAUUCCAGAAAUAGAUCCAUCAUGUGUAUACUUCACUGUCAAUCAUCUGUCUGAGUUGAAACCCUUGUUCAUUGAUAAAGAGAGAAGAGCUAAAUUGAGGAGCUUGAGAAAAACAUCGGAUUCUGCUUGUGUCGUUUUCCCUCCAAAAGUAUUCCGCAUGGUGGAGAAACCUUUGCAUGAGUUCCGUGGGCACACGGGAGAAAUCUUGGAUCUCUCCUGGUCAAAGGAUCAUCAUCUAUUGUCAGCUUCGGAGGAUAAAACAGUUCGUCUAUGGCAAGUAGGAAGUGAUCAUUGUUUCAGAGUCUUUUCACAUAGUAAUUAUGUGACCUGUGUUCAAUUCAACCCUGUGAACAAUAAUUACUUCAUGAGUGGUUCCAUAGACGGAAAAAUUCGCAUUUGGGCAAUCUCUAGUUGCCAAGUUGUUGAUUGGACUGAUAUAAAAGAAAUAGUUACUGCAGUUUGUUAUCAUCCAGAUGGGCAGGGAGGGAUUGUUGGCUCCAUGGAAGGCAAUUGCCGCUUUUUCAAUAUGUCAGACAGUCAUUUGCAACUGGAUGCCGAGAUAUGCUUACACAGUAAAAAGAAAUCAGUUUGCAAAACUAUAACUGGCUUCCAGUUCUCACCACAAGACUCGACAAAAGUAAUGGUAACAUCUGCUGAUUCACAAGUUAGAAUUCUUCAAGGGCUUAAUGUAAUCGGCAAAUACAAGGGUGUGAAAAAUGCAUCAAGCCAGCUGUCUGCAUCUUUUACUUCGGAUGGAAAGCAUAUUGUCUCGGCUUGUGAGGAUUCCAACGUUUAUGUCUGGAAUUGUAAUAAUCAACAAGAAUAUGUUUCGACACAAGCAAAGAAGGUAACAUCUUGCGAGCGUUUCUCCACAAAUGCAUCGAUUGCAAUACCUUGGAGCGGCAUGAGACAUGCAAAUUUAGAAAAUGGAUGGAGUUUUCAUAACCGAAAUGAUUAUCCAACAGAAGUCAUGUCGUUUUCUUCACCAGCUCGCUUUUCUCUGGGUCAAGAAUAUUUCUUGGAGUCUUAUCCCAAAGGUUCCGCAACUUGGCCAGAGGAAAAGCUUCCUGUGUCAAGCUCGCUGUCCUCAUCAUCAAGAAUGAAUAAAUCCCAUUGCAAAUUUUUGGAAGCUUCGUGUCAGAACACAGCAGUUUCGCAUGCAUGGGGUCUCGUCAUUGUGACUGCAGGAUGGGAUGGACGGAUUAGAUCAUUUCAUAAUUAUGGUUUACCUGUAGCAGUCUGACAGAAUUCAUCCUCAAGACUUGGAAUACUAUAGUAUCCUGCAAAUCAGGUGCUUGACGGGUUUAUCAAGCAGUGUAGAUUUGCAUGAUUGAUGCAGUUUAGAUGGAUCUCUGAUGAUACGAGCUGGGCCCAGGGCUAUGCUAGAAUGGAAUUACGUCAUGACAAGCGGAAACAGUGGGGUGGUUGCGAAUCUGACGAUGAAAUCCAGCUUGGAAUGUUAAGUGGCUAAGGUUAGCUUAUCUGAAUGCCGAGCUCAUCAGCUCAAUCUUACGAUUUAUUGAUUUGUUACUUUGAGAAAUUUUUGUCUGCAAGGCAUGUGUUAGGAGAGAGACGCAAUUAGAGAUAUUAUCGCCUUAUAAUGGAGGUUCCGUAGGACCUUCUAUAGAACUUUUUUCCCUUGGCUUGUUAAAAUGGGAGGUGGGAAUCCAUCUUGAGUGGCUCAAGUUAAUUCAGGAAAAAAAAUGGUGGGAGCCUUACCAUUAUAACAUGUUGGCUGAUCUAAAUGAUUGAAUUGUUUGUCUGCCAUUUUAUACGUCAUGGUAGGGUCAAAUUCAUCUGAGCUUGACGACGGUGGGGUUGUAUUUGGACGCCUUUUUUCGAUCUACUGAAUGGCUCGUUCGGUACUAAAAGUAAUUGCUAGUUAUUCUCAUCUCUGUUUGGUGAACAUAUCUGAAUUGGAAAUCUUUGCUCAUGAUCCAUUUGGAUAAUGUCAGGCAGUUGAAUUUUGUCAGGCAGUUGAAUUUUGUUCGAAUUUUUGUCUUGCUAACGUAAUUUUGUAAAUGUACUUUAAAUGUUAUCUAACAUUACUUAAAUUAGUUUUAUAGUACAAAUUUAUAAUCCAUUUUAUGGCCUUUGGAAAGGUUUAUUACAGAGAAAUUAUAGUUAUGUAAAUAAAUAACUGUUGAGGUUCUUUUGGUAAAUGAGAAAGAUUAGUCAAUUACGGA